AUGGUCACGAACCAACGACCGAGGACGUGGGCCUGGUCAGACGAGGCAGAGGGGUGGAAUGCGAGUCUCAACGUGCGCUGGGCUGUGAUUAAGAUGGAGAGGGAUGAACGUGCAGACAAGGAAAGAGGCAGGCCUGAGAUCUCUAGACUUGAAGAUGAACACAAUCAGACGCUGGGAGAGGACGGGACUGGGGGUAGGGCGAGGAGUGUGAAUGAGAUGUUGAAGGAGUUGGGGAUGGAGACGGAGAAGAAGACUGGGCAGGAACAGGAACAGGAUGAUUCCGGGAGAGUUGAGUCCGGCUCUUGCAAGUGA